AGCCUAGUGAUUUAGUUAAAGUAGGCUACAAUGAUGCGGAGGCCAGGUGGGAUUUAUAUUCCCGGGCGGCAAGAAUCCAUAGACAGCACCUAAGACUUCAGAGUGGACCUCACCUUUUGACAUGCCUAUCAUGUGGUUGUAGGUUGUUUACUUUAACCAUCAUACAGUCUAAUUGUCCUACCUUGAUCGGCAGUAAUGCCACUCCGCUCAAGAAAGCCAAAUCAGUGCGCAGCUGCCCAGGCCUUUUUCCAGACGAUUCACAACAUGCACAUGGAGAUCUGCGCUCUGGUAAGAAGAGGACACUUAUUCCGUGUCACGUCAGAUGGGGAGGAAGAAAAUGCCAGGUUGUAUAAAAGGAGUUCCCAACUGGAUAAAGAGUUGUUUCUGGAGGAGAGAGCAGUUAGAGCAGCUCAACUCUGGGUAGCGGCGAAUGAAGCUCGGCUUCCCCAACUAGAAAAUAUUAUUCUUCUGAAGGAGAAAGAACUGGGUGAAACUACUUGCCUGUUAACCAAUGUAAUUUCUCAGACUGAUGAACUGAAGGAACAACUGAAAAUUGCUCUCGAGGGGAUGCGGUUUCAGGUCUCUCUAGAAAGCCAUCACUGCACACUGGAGCAGAGAAAGGAGGGCGAGCAGGCAAUGCAGGAGAGGAACAGAAACCACAGGCUAGGAGAUGUUAUCCUGGAGGAGGAAUCAAUAGGAAGGGAGGAAGACGAGCUGAACACAGAACAGAAGGAUGAAGUAGACACAAAGCAGGAGGCUGGCCAUGAUGAAGAGGAGCAGACUUGUGGCUGCUCUACUGCUCUGUGGCAGUGGGCCUGGAGACAGAGAGAAUAGAUGCCAAUACCCAUGCCUACACACACACCCAUGUUAGUGGGUAAACACGCAGUGAAUUGAUUAGGCCUAAUUGAGUAGGCCUUACGAAACAUAGCCCAAAUAACUCCGGUAGGCCUACUACUUCAUUGAAAUUAAUAAAUAAUUGUUUUUUU